GUGGUGUUGGGUGGGGAAGGGUUUGAGCCUUUACAGCAGUAUUUUAUUUUUAGUAAUUUGUAUUAAUGGCUUUUAUUAGAGGUUUUUUUGUAACAUUUGUAGUUCUUAACAUUUUCAGUAGCUCAUCGGAGGUGACAGUGGAAGAGAGACAUUGCUUGAACCUAAAGCAGGGGUUGGCAAGGUUUAUCUUGCCUGGGCCGGAUCGGUCCCGCGGAGAUCCCUCCGUGGGCCGGAUCACACUUGCGCCCGUGAUUUACGGUGUCUGCGCGUGCACAGACAUGAUUUCUGGCACCGCGGAAGCAAGUCCCUGUGCCGCGCUGCGCCGGUUUAGCGCAGCUCAUGAGCAGGCAGCUCAGUUCGGUGGCAGCUCGGGGGCCGGUCAAAUGACCUCCGCGGGCCACUUCCGGCCCAUGGGCCUUAGGUUGCUGACCCCUGACCUAAAUCUUCAUGGAGGAGGAGCUUUUCCCUUUCCUUUUACUCACACCCACAAUAUACAUUUAAAGUGUCAGGACUUUGACAGUCCUGACUACCCUGAAAGAAUCUGGAGAGGUGUAGUCCCGUCCCCCCCCAGAGCUACAGUUCCCAGCACCCUUACGAAACUACUGUUCCUUGUGGGAUUCUUUGUAGGAAUCCAUGUGCUUUCAAUGUAUGGUGUGGAUCUUGCCUUUGUUUGUCUGGGAUGUCAAGUCAACAUAAUUCAAGGCUGGCUGUACUGGUUCUCAUUGUUUCAUCUGACCGGUAGCUGCUUGCUUCAGCUUAUUCUGUGUCUUCUCCUGGGCAGGUCUGGGAGGAAGUUUCCCCCCUGUGAGCCUAGCAGCUCCAUCCGUGGUUGCACACAGGACAUGGACCCAGUGGCCUUUGGGGUGUACACAGAGUUCUUCACCCAUGCUCAAAGCAUCUGUUAUUUCCUGCACAAUGAGGCCUGGCAACAACGAGCCCAAGAUACCAUGCACAGACUGACUUCCUCUUCAGAGACUGUGGCCCGCCAGCUGGAAUCCACCCAUCAGCUUGCUGGAGAGAUCGCCCAGGCACAGGAUGCCACCUUGCGCUCUCAGGAGCAGAUCCUGCAAGAUGGGGAGCUGCUACAUCAGAUGCUGCGUGACUCCUCCCAAGGGGUGCGCCAGGCCUUCCAAGAACUGCAGGAUUCGGCCUUUGAGCAGCGAGUAGCCUUUGCUGAGAUCUUCAACCGGGUUACAUUUCUGCACCGCUUUGUCGUUGGGGAGUCCAGCGCUCUCUACUCAAUCUUCUUCCAUCUCCUAAGUGGGGCUGCCAGCCUGGUGCUGACCUCUAGCCAACGGACUGCAGGAGCACGGUUUCCUCUGCUGACAUUGGUGGGAGCAAACAUUUACCUAGAGCGUGUCAUCUGCAGCCUUCUGAUGGAUGAAGCGGAUGGGGGCCAGGACUUGACGGAGAGAAUCUCCUUCUGGGUGGGCCUAUCACGUCGAGGUUUUGCUGGUCUGGGCUUCGCUGUGGUGACUUAUUUUAUCUGGAUCUACAAAGACCCAGCCAAACAGAACCAGGAGGUACUGCAAAGUCUACAGCAGACCCGGACAGAGAUCCAGAGGCUUCUGCAAGAAACAGAAAGGCUACUGCCGAAACCAGAGCUCCUGCUUCUGGACUCCGAGGUCAAUGCAGAGAACAAGGAAUUCACUGACUCAGGAUUCCCAAAGCUGCUGCCCUGCUCACAGCACAGAACUGCAACGGAAGUAAAGGAACACAGGGCUGACCAGAAGAAAAUGGAAGAAAUGUGGACUAGCUGCCCCAAGCGGAGGGGGCGUUCUCCAUCCCGCACUCGACGUUCUCCGUCCCGCACUCGACGCUCCCGGUCCCGCCAGCGCAGUCGGACUAGGAAUGUCGCUGCCCAGCCGCUGGCAAUCCCUGUACCUCUGGAGCAGCCUCUGCAGUGCAGCCUUCGGAGCCAGAGAUCCUUGGAAGUGCCUCGCCCUCCAAUCCAUCAUUAAAAGCUGGGCUUGCGAAUGAGAAGACUCCAGGGAUAGACCUAUGCGGCUGAAGGGGAGAUUUCUCUUAUGGCUUCCAGCUCUGGACCUUAGCAGCCUCAGUUCCAGCCAGAGUGGGAAUAUUUUGGAAAGGAAAAGUACUUUAGGGUGUGUUUUGGUGAAAUUCCACGCCUUAAAUUGGGACAAUGAUGAGAGCAAGAAGGAAUUUUGCUGGACCUUAGCAUAUGACUCCUCUCCGUAAGAUCCUGAGCUACCUGCAGCAGGCAGUGACAUUACACUCUAGGGUCCAGAAGUGCCCCCCCUUUUAUUUAACCCAGCUAAUCUUAAUUUGUAUCUGUUUGAGGGAAAGAACUGAAAGCAAGACCAGUUCCACUCUUAAUAUAGAAGAAAUGUCAUUUCCCCGCUGCCAUCCCCAUCUCAGUGGAGCUUUGGCAAGUAACCUGGACAUGUGCCUUGAGUCACCUUCUCAGGCCUGCCCCUUUAAGAGAGACACUUUCCCAGCUGCAAGCAAAGAGAUGCAGUAGCCGACGAUAUGGACCAGAGUUAGUCUUCGCUAUGCCUUGAAAGUUAGUCUGCUGCAGCAUAUAUAAAGCUGAGGAAAGGGUCAUUUAGAGACAUGAUUUAUUUAUUCACGCUUUCAAAUUUUUAACCUGUUAAUAAAUAGUUUCUUACAGAAACAACUCUGCAUUUUGCAUAGGCUUCAGGCUGUCGAUUCCCACAAUGUUACGUGAGUAUCGUAGGAGGCAAGGGAUUUCUCCUCCUGCCCAGUGUGGCAGGCCACAGAUAGCAGCCUUUCUGAG